GUCGUCAUUCUUAUGUCCGAAGCUCGAGGUUAGCAUGUGCCAGCAUGCCCCCACGCGCCCUGUAGUUUGGUGUACUUGUACGUUCUCAAUCGACCGCCGACCUCUUAACUCAACGUAUGCAGCAGCUUACCGAAAGGGCCUGCAAUAUCAGAUGUCCGCUCAAAAAUGAAGGUACAUUGUCUCAAGAUCCCAGACUAAACACACCAGAAGACAGAAGUUUAAAGAUUGCGUACAAAGCACCGGCAAAAAGCAAACGACCACCACGGGACUCGAACCCGCAACCUUCGACUUUCAAACCCCACAGAUGGGAUAGGAGGUCGACGCGCUACCAUUGCGCCAAGCAGUCUCGAUCGAUCCAUCUGGAUGCUGAGAACUGGCAAUGCUAGUACCCUGGAGUGAAGGGCGGCUUUAUUGUGGUUCAUAUAGACAUAAUAUCCAAGUAAUCCAGAACGUGAUCGAGGUCUGUCCACAACCAACC